GACGAGAGUGGAGGGAGGAGACGCUCUGACUGUGACGAGACAGAGAGAAAGUUGUGCAGUGAAGUUGUUGAGAGAAAAAGCCGGCGUGGAGGUUUUUUAAAGUGUGGAAGAAACAGAGAGGAAGAGGAGGAGGAAGGAGCUGACGGAGCAGCGAGGAGGCAAAGUGAAGCAGACGAAGGAGGAGGACUAAAAGCAGACGGAUCAGAGGAGGAGACGGUGCUGCUGCUGGCGGAGGGAAACACUCUGAAUGAGACAGACGGACAGACUGACAGGAAACAGACGAUGAAGAGUCAUGUCGUUAUGACAUCAUCGGAUUAACGUGUGGAUGACGUUGCUCAGUUUCCCUCGGUGACGUCUCCUCCCUCUCUCGAUGUUGUGGAUGUGGGCUGAUUGGCGGUGGCUCUCUCUCUCUGUGACAUCACAGGGUGACAGCGUGAGAGUGGGCGGGGCCACACCAACAUGGCCAGCUACCUGCUGUGCUGGGGGGGCGGGGCUCUGGAGGACAGGUACCUGUAUGCCCCGCCCUACCCAGCCGUGUACAGGGAGCGUCCGGUGAACCGUCCUCCCGAGCUGCUGUACCCACAGGCCGACGUGGCGGAGCGUCUGGCGCUCGGCGGCAGCGACGAUGCACUGGCCAAUGGCACGAAGCCCGACCUGCAGGCAGCCAAGCGUCUGGCCAAACGCCUCUACAACCUGGACGGCUUCAGGAAGUCGGACGUGGCUCGACACCUCAGCAAGAAUAACGAGUUCAGUCAGAUGGUGGCGGAGGAAUAUCUCAGUAACUUCAGCUUCAGCGGUCUGACCAUCGAUCAGGCGCUCAGGACGUUUCUGAGCCGCUUCGCUCUGAUGGGAGAAACUCAGGAGAGAGAAAGAGUCCUCGCUCAGUUCUCCAGGAGAUACAGACAGUGUAACCCGGAGAGCCUCACCACUGAAGACAGCGUCCACACUCUGACCUGUGCCGUCAUGCUGCUGAACACCGACCUUCACGGGAACAAUGUGGGGAAGAGGAUGUCCUGCAGUCAGUUCAUCACCAACCUGGAGGGUCUCAACGACGGAAAAGACUUCCCCAAAGAUCUGCUGAAGACUCUCUACAGCUCCAUCAAGAAUGAGAAGCUUCAGUGGACCAUUGAUGAGGAGGAGUUGAGGAAGUCCAUGUCGGAGCUGGCUGACGUCCGAACAGACUCGGCCUCCCACACCAUGAAGCGCCUGGGAAGUGGAGGGAACCCACUGGUGGGCGUUGCCCAGCAGGCCGAUGGCGAGCUCUACAAGAGCGGCUUCCUGGUCCGCAAAGUCCACGCGGACCCCGACGGAAAGAGAACUCCGCGGGGCAAGAGGGGCUGGAAGUCUUUCUACGCCAUGCUGAAGGGUCUGGUGCUCUACCUGCAGAAGGAUGAGUACCGUGCGGAGCGAGAGCUGACGGAGGAGGACGUAAAGAACGCCGUGUCCAUCCAUCACUCUCUGGCCAUGAGAGCAGCUGAUUACAGCAAGAGACCGAACGUCUUCUACCUGAGGACGGCCGACUGGAGAGUCUUCCUGCUGCAGGCUCCAAACGCAGAACAGAUGCAGUCCUGGAUCACACGCAUCAACGUCGUAGCGGCCAUGUUUUCGGCUCCUCCAUUCCCGGCGGCGAUUGGCUCCCAGAAGAAAUUCAGCCGUCCUCUGUUACCGGGAUCCAACACCAAACUGACCCAGGAGGAGCAGGUUAAAUCCCAUGAGAACCGGUUCAGGGCGGUUUCCUCAGAGCUGGCAGAGCUCACGGCCUCCACACCAGACCGGAAGGUGAAAGGUCGCGAGCUGGAGGAACAGAAACUCCGACAGGAGUACCUGGAGUUUGAGAAAACCCGCUACGGUACGUACGCCAUGCUGCUUCGGGCCAAACUGUCAAGUGGAGACGAGGACCUGUCGGCCUUUGAGGCGCGGCUGUUUGAUGACGGCGGCCUGCAGAGGGCACACUCCAGCCCCACGCUGCCUCAGGAGACAGCCAACAAGGAGAAGACCCGUGGAGGCAAGACGUCCAAAAGCUUAAAGGUCACGUCCUCCUCGUCCUCGACCUCCAAGACCAGCGGCAGCGCCAAAGAGGCAAGCAAGAAGAAGAAUGGCGGCGGUGGUGGAGGCGGUGGCGGUGGGAACAACCAGCAGCCGGAGCUGCAGAAACAAAGCAGCAAACAGGAAGAGGCGCCGUAAGGCGGCGAGAAGCAGGUUUGAUACAGAGUGUGUAGCUGGAGACGGACAUGAAGCAUCAUGGGUAGCAGGCUGACAUCCUCCUUUAAACCUUUUCUGUUAAACCUCAGUGAGAUUCUGAUUGGCUGAGGGGAUUUUCCUCCAGAGCCCGGCUGAGACGUUUGAGGGCGGCAGGAGAGGAGACGCUCGUCACAAAGGAGGACGACCGUACGGACGAGUGGAGCGCCUUUCUUUUUCUUUUUUUUUUCUUCCACGAGUCGAAACAUUCAGGAAACACGAACGAUGUGUGAAAUCUGAAGAGCGUCACUCUGAGUUUAUUUCUCGUCCAAACAUCCACCUCAGCAGGUCAGAGUUUCACAAUAAAAGCUUUACUUCCUGUCAGACCUUUUAUUUUCAGGGACUCUCUGAGCGAGUUUGAACCUCCUGCAGCAGCCGGCUGCUCACAAACACUUUGUAGGUACUGACCUCCUGCACGGCCGCCGCUCUGCUGCUUCUCCUAGCAACAGACGGGGGAGCAGGUUGCCAUGCCAACCAGAUAUGACAGACAGAGUGCGUGGGACUGUUGCCGUGGCGACCGAGCAGAAGGGGAAGCAGAGAGGAAGGGGAGAGAGACUCUGGAGUCAGGACUCCCCCGGCCAAACAAACAAACAAACAAACAAACAAACAGACAAACAGACCGAGGCUGUGAUGAUGCGUCACAGAACACAAUACCUCCUCCUCCUCCGCACUUCACAGACUGUGUAUUUGUGUGUGUGUGUGUGUGUGCGUGUGUGUGUGUGUGCGUGCGUGCGUGCGUGCGUGCGUGCGUGCGUGCGUGCGUGUGUGUGUCGUACUUCCAGGAGUGUAAAUACUAACUGAUGGAGGCUGAUCAGAGUCACUGCACUUCAUUUAUUUAUGUUGUUGUUGUUUUUUUCCUGGCUGAGUUCUGCUGGAACAAACAGGCUGUACGGAAGCUCAUUAGUGACCAAAAACUACUGACUGAGCAGAAACAAUAAUAAUUCAGACUUUAGUCAGCGACAUCAUCCCAUAUUUAUUGAUUAAUAAUUUUUUAUUCUGCCUUAUGGAGAGCCGACGUGACAAAGACGUCAAAUUUCUGUAAAUUUAUAUUUUGCGUGUUUGAUAAAUUGCUCACUGCUGGGUUCUUUGCAUUUAUUUAAAACCAUAAUGGUACCGAAUAUCAAUACGCAUCCCCCGGUUGAGCGGAGCUUUUUGUAAACAUGUUUAAUGAUUUAAGACCCCGCCCCCAGUUGGAACAUAUGGCCUUAUAUUGAUUAAAUAUAAUAAUAAUUAUAAUACAUUUUAAAAGAAAAACAUACAUACGGGGCCAAAGGUGGAGCUUCACAGU